UAUCCGAGCACAUCAUCAGUUUCGAAAAGUACAUUACUCAUUUACUAACGUUUAUAAAGACAAAGCAGCCGCUCCGAACUACACGAACCCAAUAAAGAAACUCUGCAACCAACUCUGAAGGAAAGAAGCACCCUCUUGGCUCUCAUCACCCUCCAAAAGCAAACGAUAUCGAAAAGCUAAGAAGCAGAGAGACAUGGGGGAUAUGUACGGCCAUGGAAAGAGUAACAUUAUUCCCUCUUCAUCUCCUUCUUCAACCUUACCUCCCGACGAAUUUUCCCUUUUUCUGCAUCAGAUUCUCCUCCCUCCCCCCUCCUCCGCCGUCGUACCGCCACCGUCUUCCCUCCUCACCCACAUGCCUGAGAACGCGCCUAACACUUCUGAGCAUGAAAAUGCAAGCCUUUCGUACCCAUCUUCUCUGCUUCAAGACGUAAUCUCAGGUGUUAAUUCUACAUCUAAAAACCAUGCCUUUCUCUCGUCUUAUAUCCAGGGAGGUUCUGCUGCAAAUGUGUCUUCCUCCUCGGUCGGAGUAAGUGGGAAUGAGACUGAUGAGUAUGAUUGUGAAAGUGAGGGGGGCACGGUUGAAGCAAUGGUUGCGAAGUCAGUUCCUCCCAGGCGUUCAUCGAAGAGAAGCAGAGCUGCGGAAGUUCAUAACUUGUCUGAGAAGCGAAGGAGGAGUCGGAUCAACGAAAAGCUGAAGGCUUUGCAGAAUCUAAUUCCAAAUUCAAAUAAGACUGAUAAAGCUUCAAUGCUCGAUGAAGCUAUUGAGUAUCUUAAACAGCUUCAGCUUCAAGUCCAGAUGCUGUCUGUGAGAAAUGGAUUGAAUAUGCUUCCCGUGUGCUUUGCCGAAGGCUUGCAGCCUCUGCAGUUGUCUCAGAUGAGAGUUGAAUAUGGUGAAGAAGAAGACGGGUCAUGUCCUUUAAACUCAACUGCUACUAUGCCUCUUGACCAUUCAUCCAAUCUAUCUAACAAACACACUGUGCCUUCCCCAUCAAAUAUAAUCAACGCAGAAACACCUUUUGGGUUGGAUUCCCAAAUCAUCGGGCAUCUUAGACCCUUUGAACUCACAACAACAUCAUCUUCUGAGCAGAUAUGCAGGGAGGACAUAUUGCAGCACCAGCAAUUAAAUGCAGGAGAUUCAUAUACCAAUCCUUUAGGUGAUUCUCAAGCCCCCUCAGCUGUACGAGACUGAGUCAGGCACUUUGGCUACAGUAUCACUCUCCUUUGAUGGGCAAAACAACCGAAGUGAAGGAGAAUUGAAAGCAUUCAUUGCAAGAGAUUAGUGAGGGGUCAAUUUAAGACAAUGAACACAGCUUGAAUUUUAGGUUCUUCUCAGUGAAGCAGCAGCCAAACUAUGGUGCAUGGGAUAUAAGUAUCUAACAUCUAUUGAUUUACAUAUCAAGAGCAUUGAUCAUGUCUUAAAUUUGUUGGUAUGUGGUUUUCAUUGUAUUAGAGAUAGGAUCCAAAUCCGAUGAACUUGUAGAAGAAUAUCUGAAAUCCAUAUUGCGAUGAUUACAAGAAUGAAGCUAGCUUAGCUGUUUGUGGGGA